AUGUCCUCCACGGCUCUCCCCAAGCGCGUUGCGCUGCACCGCAACCCCACCACCGACUCCUCGGUGGCCAGCUCCAUCGCCCCUUCCCCGAUGGACAGCCCUCGCCAGUCUCCUUCGACCACCUCCCUGUCCUCGCUGGCCUCCGAGGCGGAGGCUCGCAGCAAGAUGCUGGACACCUAUGGCAAUGAAUUCAAGAUCCCUGAUUUCACCAUCAAGCAGCUCCGUGAUGCCAUCCCCGCCCACUGCUAUGAGCGCAAGGCCUUGACCAGUCUGUCCUAUGUCGCCCGCGACUUGUUCUGCCUGGCCACCGUCUUCUAUGUCUUCCACAACUAUGUGACCCCGGAGAACAUCCCCUCCACGCCCAUCCGUACCGCAUUGUGGGCCUUCUACACCGUCGUGCAGGGUCUGCUCGGAACCGGUGUCUGGGUCCUGGCUCACGAGUGUGGACACCAGGCUUUCUCCCCGUCUAAGGUUCUGAACGACACCGUUGGUUGGGUCUUGCACUCUGCUCUCCUGGUGCCCUACUUCUCCUGGAAGAUCUCCCACGGAAAGCACCACAAGGCUACUGGCAACCUUGCCCGUGACAUGGUCUUCGUCCCCAAGACCCGCUCGGAGUUUGCUACUCGCGUCGGCCGGGCCGUCCACGAACUGAAUGAGCUGAUGGAGGAGACCCCCAUCCUGACUGCUCUCAACCUGGUUCUCCAGCAGCUGUUCGGAUGGCCUAUGUACCUCCUCACCAACGUCACCGGCCACAACAACCACGAGCGCCAGCCCGAGGGUCGCGGCAAGGGCAAGAAGAACGGCUACUUCGGUGGUGUCAACCACUUCAACCCCUCCAGCCCUCUGUACGAGGCCAAGGACGCCAAGCUCAUUUUCCUGAGUGACCUCGGUCUUGCCAUCACCGGAACCGUUCUGUACCUUGUUGGCUCCAAGUUUGGCUGGAUGAACCUUCUGGUUUGGUACGGCAUUCCCUACCUCUGGGUGAACCACUGGCUCGUUGCCAUCACCUACCUCCAGCACACUGAUCCCACUCUCCCCCACUACCACCCUGAUGUCUGGAACUUCGUCCGUGGUGCUGGCGCCACCAUCGACCGUGACUUCGGCUUCGUUGGCCGUCACAUCUUCCACGGCAUCAUCGAGACCCACGUUCUCCACCACUAUGUCAGCACGAUCCCCUUCUACAACGCCGAUGAGGCUAGCGAGGCCAUUCAGAAGGUCAUGGGCAACCACUACCGUACCGAGGCCCACACCGGAUGGACUGGUUUCUUCAAGGCCCUCUGGACCAGCUCCCGUAUCUGCCAGUGGGUUGAGCCCACCGAGGGCGCUGAGGGCGAGAGUGCCGGUGUCAUGUUCUACCGUAACAUCAACGGUAUUGGUAUCCCCCCUGCCAAGGUUGCCCAAUAG